AGAAAGACACUUGUCACGAAGUUAUGUACGCGUAGCCAAAAAGUAGUUAUGAUCAAUCUUCUUCUGUUCUUCAGACUCUUAGCUCAGAAGAAAACCUAAGACAAGCAAGGCAUAGGCAUGGGUGGCGACACAAUCACAAUCACUCCUGAAGAAUCUCACGAUUCCCCUCAACUGUCACGAUCUCCAACCCCUUCUUUGCUCGGCAUGAAGUUUUGUAAAGGAACACUGGUGAAUGAUGAGGAUGGAGCGGUGUUUAGAGAAAUCCCCCAAGAAACUGGUCAGCUAUCUCCAGCUUCCUUGGACUUUGAAGCGGACCAGAGGAGGAGACGUUGCACACAAGUCUUGCUCAGUUAUGAUGAGUUGCGUACUCGUCUUGGGAGUUUGAGAGAGGCUAGGAACAAAAUUUUGAGCUAUACCCCUGGAGCAUGGAUUGAGAAUGCCAGGGGAAAAAAAUUGAGUGAUUAUGAUGUGCCAAAGACAAUAUCAUUCAUUUUAAUUGGUCCUAAAGGUUCUGGAAAGAGCAGUCUGGUUAAUAGAAUUUCAAAGGUGUUUGAAGAUGACAAGUUUGCAUCAGAAAGAGCCCAAGUAACAUAUAAUCCAUCUGUUGGAGAUGGAACCUACUUCCUUCAGGAAUAUAUGAUACCAAGAGAUUCAAAUUCUUUCUGUCUUUACGAUACCCACAGUUUGUCUGAUGACUCAUCUGAUAAUAUUAAUAUGAUAAAGCAUUGGAUUACCAGAGGAGUUCGUCACGGGGAACUUGUUAUCAGGAAAUCUGAUAGUUCAAAUUUAAGGAACAGAAUGAAGUGCAAAGCUCGGGACAAUGGUUGUCAACCCGGUGAGGUCAGGAUGGUUAAUUUUUGCAUAUUUGUUGUUGAUGGACUUGCAGUUCUGAAAUCCAUGGAAGGUUGUGGUGUUGCCGAGAAGCAGUAUAACCAGAUAAUUAAAACAGUUUUCAACUGUCCGUUUUUGUCAUUUAAAGAUGAUAAACCUGUUGUUAUAGUGACACACGGUGAUUUACUUCCACUCACUGAUCGUGCUCGAAUCCGCAUUUAUCUGGGGGAGCUGCUGGGUGUACCACCUGUGAAACAAAUUUUUGACAUUCCAGAAAAUGAUGAUCCAGAAAAUGAGUUGGUAAUAGUUGAUAUGUUGCGCUACUGCCUUGAACAUGCUGAUAGAAAUCUUCUCCAUAAAAACUCUCCCAGGAACAAGGUUUUUCAUCUCUCUAUUUUGGCAUGUAUACAAGUGUUAAUAAUAGUAGUGGGGAUUGCUAUUUUAUCAUUCAAGAUACAUCAUGUGCCUAUUCAUCGUGCCCCUAAAUCAAACCCUCACGUGGAUUGGCAUGCCAUCAGGCAUCUGUGGUUAGGCUAGGAUUAAUAACUUAUGUGUCUGGUAUCUACUGCUUCAUCUCAAAAAAUCUGAAUGAACCUGUGAGUGCGUACCGUUUUAUUUGCACAACUGGAUGUAGCCUGUAUGAAUUCUGAACUAUCUUUUUCUUAAUGCAUAUAUUAUAUAUAUGAUCUUUC